UGUGUUGUUCAUGAGCUUAACUUCAAAUUGGUAAUUGGUUUUACACGAUUGGUCAACUAUUACAGCACAAAAAAAAUACUCAAAAUCUGCUAAAUAAAAACAUAGAUUUUCACUUUACAACUGAACGGAACCGAUUUAUGGCUCUUAAUUUUAUAUACAUAUAAGUAUAAACACCCUUUUCAAAAUGGUAAUUGGAAUUUACAUAAUUACCAAUAGUUUUUAUUUUAUACGAGAUAUACUGUUUUGGCGCUUACGACUUUUAAUUUCAAGCUAGCUAUCGCGUUUGUUUGUAUGCAGGCGGCCCCCCUCAGUCCGUUUCUGACCAUUGUCAGCGUCGGACUUGUGCCAAUCGAGCUCCCGAGCAUCGAUAACCGUAUCUUAUUCUGAAUAAAAUAUUACAAAUUAUUAAAAAUGGGAAAAAAAAAGUUAAAAGUUUCUAAAAUGAAGAUGAAAGCUCUGUACAUUGAAAAAUGUAAGGAUAUGGUCAAGAAAAGAAGACAAGAAAUGUCAUCGUCGUAUGCAGAUUUACAAAAUGUGACGCUCACGGCGGCCGAAAAGGAUCAGAACUCACUUCCAUGUUAUUUUGAAGAAAAAACGCCUAAAACAACAUUUGAGAUGGAAUUAGAUGAUAAUGAUGCGCCUCCAAAUAUAUCGCAAUGCGAAUCAGAAGCAAUGACAGAAGAAAAUCAAUAUAAGGAAAAGGACCAGGCUUCAAACGUAUUACCUGAAAAUCAAUGUGAAGAAAGUAAUGCACUUCCAUAUAUAGUUGAAGGCACAUCUGAAGUAACGAUGCAGCCUGAAAUACAAAACUUGGGGCACCGAAUAAUAGAUUUUAAUCAUUUCACAUCAGAACUUGUAAAAAUUUCUCAACACAAAUCUCUGUUUAAAUGCGGAUUAUCUACAAUGAAAUUAAUUUCUGAACAUCGAAUAGGAUUGCAAUCUGAAUACACAUAUGUAUGUAUGAUGUGUAAUUAUAAAAAUAAAAUAAAAUCGUCAUUGGAUGAUGUGAACAAAGAUGCUGUUGCGGGUAUAAUGGCCGCAGGUUGUGGUCAUGCGCAAUUAAAACAAUUUUCAGCAGCAGUAGGUUUACCUAUUAUGUCAGAAUAUACCUAUAAUAAAACUCAAAAUGAUAUAUGUAGGGAUUGGGAGGACACUGCUUGGGACGAAAUGAAAUUAGCUGGUGAAAGAGAAAGAGAAGAAGCAAUUAAAGAAGGAAAAGUCACGAAAGACGGAAUACCAAUGAUUGAUGUAAUUGUAGAUGGGUGCUGGAGUAAACGUUCGUACAGAACAAAUUACGCAGCGUUAUCAGGAGCUGCAGCCAUUAUUGGCAGACGUUUCGGCCAAGUCCUGUACAUGUGUGUAAAAAACAAAUAUUGUUGUAUUUGCGCCAGAGCUCAAAAGAAACAAGAAAGCCCAAAAGAACACGAGUGCUAUAAGAAUUUCGAUGGAGCUUCUACUGCUAUGGAGUCAACUAUUAUAACCGAAGGGUUCAAGCAAUCUAUUGAUAUGCAUGGUUGCACAAAGCAAGGAAAAUGCUGCCUGUGUAACCUAUAA